CCAAUGCGCCCUUUUCUCUGCUUGCCAAACUUGACCAUUUUCGACCAUAAACAGAAAACUCGAACAAUAAUGCCACUGUCAUCACUCUGCCCAACCUCUGUUUUCUCUUUUGGUCCUCGUUAUACUGGGUUCUUUUGCUGUUUGUUUUCUGUUUUUGUUGGGUUUUGGUUCGAGGGUAUGAGAAAUGGAUGCAGAUGGAUCAAGCAAGAAGCUGAGGAAGCCGUACACGAUCACGAAAUCAAGGGAACGAUGGUCGGAGGAGGAGCAUGAGCGGUUUCUUGAUGGCCUCCUGCUGUUCGGCCGUGAAUGGAAGAAAAUUGAAGACUUUGUUGGUACGAAGACAGUAAUCCAGAUUCGCAGUCACGCGCAGAAAUACUUUUUGAAGGUUCAAAAGAAUGGGUUAAUGGCACACGUGCCUCCUCCCCUUCCUAGGCGCAAUCAUGCUUAUUCGCAGAAAUCCUCUGAAGAUGCCAUGUUGCCAAUCCAAGCAUCUGUGGCUUUCCCUUCUCCAUCUGGUUGCUACAUGCCUCCAUGCGCUUCAUGGGAUGAAAAAGCUAUGCUCAUGGGUUACGCCUCCAGUAGCGACUCAAUGUCCUCGAACUACCCUGCCAUCCUUUCUGGAGUUGAAGGUGAUAACGGAUCAGGGAUAGCAGAUAUCUACAACCAAAAGUUCUUUUGGUCUGGCAGUUCAAGUAGAUCAAAUCUGAUGCAUGAGGCCCCAGAGCAAGGCAGUCAGCAGUCACUAAAUCCAGUGGUGCCAAACUUUGCUGAAGUAUAUAAUCUCAUUGCUACCAUGUUUGAUCCAGAAAUCACAGAUCCUUUCCCAAUUUAUAUGAAAAAGUUGAACGAGAUGGAUCCCAUCACUGCUAAAACGGCUCUGGUACUGGCGAAAAAUCUAACCAUCAAUUUGUCCAGUCCUGAUUUUGAGCCACUGGGAAGGUGGCUAGUGACAUGCGAUGCGAAUAAUAAAGCAACUGGAGAGACUAGUGUUGCUGCUGCGGCUGUUGCGAAUCAAAUUUAUAGCAUGCCAUCACAAUAUGCAGGCUUCUUGCCAAUGCCAUAAAUGUCAGUCAAAGUAUGUGGAAAUGAUAUGCAUCUAUUAGCUGGGGCGUCUAGUAUGCUGCACUUAGCCUAAUUAAAACACUGAAAAUAGUAAUAAAGGGACCCCAUAUUUAACUUUCGAGAUGUUAUGUUGUACCAGCCACCAAGUUUGGAGUUGGGCAAUGUGUAAUUAUGCUGUUGUGAGUCGAAGACAUAAUAAAUAAUUCGAACUACGGAUUGCUAUAUUUGGAGACUUAAUUAUUGGGAAUUGAAUUGUCUGAAGAUAAAUAUGAUUUGGGUUGUGUGAAUA